AUGGAACAAAAUUCUGUGGAUCCAUUUGCCUCAGAAAACAGCGGAACUGCCCGCUUUGUGGAUAAGUUAGUUGAUAAUGGUUUAGCGGGUAGCGGUGGUGCGUGCAGCAGUAAUAGUGCAACUAUAAACGCCACGCAUGAAUUUCAAACUAUGAAACCGGGAUUGGGUCAAAAGCCUGGCCAAACUUUAGGAAGAACCGAAAUACCGCAUAGUGAACUUGUAAAGAUGCUAUAUUUUUUGGAGGGUGAACUUCAAGCUCGCGACGUUGUAAUUGCUGCAUUAAGAAAUGAACGAGUCAAACAAUAUAUAACGCAACUGCGUUCAAAACGUGUGCAACCAAAUGAUCCAUAUGCGGCAAUUUUCCGUGAUAAAAUAGCACUAGCCGGCAAUAUGAUAUCGCGAGAAUCAUCCACACAAGCGGCUCAAGCAGAAAUGGAAGUGCGACAAAUAAUUGAACAACAAAUGGAGCAACAAUAUCAAAUGGUUAGUAAACAACGUGCCACGCAUUUGCGUAUGGUAAACAUACUUACGGAGUCUUUGGAAAACAAUCAGCGCAUGUUGCAGGAAUUAGAGGAAGAAAAGCGAAAGCAUGAACAUGACACUGCUCAGGGUGAUGACAUUACCUAUGGCUUAGAACUAGAGAGAACUAAGUUACGACAAGAGUUGGAAGAGGAACGAGCGCAAUUGAAAAAAAUGGAAAAAGAGAUGAAAAAGCUGCAAGAAACUUUGGAUUACGAACGUAAUCGUCAAAAGCAAAUAGUUCUCUUGCUUAUAGCUGAACGUAAAAAGAUUCUUAUGAAGUACAUUGAAGAGGGUAAACGAUCAGAGGACUUGGCGCAAAUACUAGCAGAGGAGAAGCAACGUUCCGAUACUAUUGCGGAAGGUCUCGAAGAAGAGAGUAAAAAGUCAUUACGUAUGGAAGAGGAAAUUGAGAAGCAAUCUGCUGCGUUCGAAAAUGAACGCAAAACAUUCAAAAUGACCGCUGCCAAGGAAGAGACACGAGUUAAAGAGCUCGAACAAGAGGUAGCGUUGCUGCGUGCUGAGAAUGAAGCUUUAAAGAAACAGCAGCAGAUAUUGCAACAAAGUGUGGCGGCUGGUGUGAGCGGAACACUUGUUGGCGGUGCCAAAGCUAGAACUCUUAGUGAUGAUGCAUGUGCCACACCAAUGGUAAAUAUUGCGAAAAUCGUGCAACCAACAGCGACUGUAACGAGUGUACCCGUUUCUGGUCCAACAACCGGCAUUGCACGUGCGCCCGGUCAGACAUUGCGCAGCGGCGUAGGCAACGCACUGCCCGCUAUAGCAGUAGCACAAUCAGUUGCAACUGCCAUACCGCUACAAACAGUUGCAUUAACCAAUGCAGGCAAUAUAAUCGGUGAUAGCACAACAACUGUAGCUGCUGCAAUAUCAGCAGCAAUUACCUCAACAGCAAAUAAUUUAACAACCGGUAGUGUCGUUGGUGCUGUUGGUUCGAUUGUAGCGGGUGCACCACCAUCACCAUCGCCUGUGAAAAUGCAGCCGACAGCAACUAUACAGCGUGCACCCGGCGGUAAAUAUGCAGCUUUGGCUGCAGCUGCUGCCGCAUCGCACUCGCUGGAUCAGACGGCGACGGCGCCACAUCCAGUGCCAAUUGCUGUACCACCCGUUACAGUACCACCAGCUGGCGCACGUGGUGCACCACCACCUAUACCCCCCAAUAAACCCAUUGUACCGCCAAAGCGUGAACCAUCGUUGUCGCGUUUAAGUUCAAUUGCUGUGGCUAGUGCUGUCUCCGGCACGGUUGGCGUAAAUUCAGCUAAUUCGGUUGGCAUUUCAAACGCUACAUCCAAUGCAAAAUUAAAUUAAAUACGCUAUAACCGCCAACACUGUACGAGUAUACUGUUUCCAAAUAAGCAACUUAAUAGGAACGUGAAAAAUCUAAGAUUCACAUAUAAAAUCGAUAUUCAGUUACACAAAACACAAAUACAACAAUUAUGCAUGUGCAUAUAUGCGUAAGUUGACAUAAAUAUUCACUUUCUCGGUUCGUUGAAAAUUAGACUAAAAAAUUAAUAAUAAAUAAUUCACAUUUACCUCGGUUCUUAUAAGAGCAUAACCAGUACGCAUUACCAUAUUGUUGGUAUAAAUGUUCUCAAUUUUACUAUUAUGCAAGCUUAGCUGCUUACUCCGCAGCUUGUGAAAUUCAUGUAAUAUUAUACAUAUUUUAUUUUAAGUUUCUUAUACAAGACGGGUAAUCGUAACAUAUAAAGCUGGUUUUGCAUUUGUUUUCUAUUACUGAUCGGACAGUAGUGUGCCUCACCAAAUAUUGUGAAACUCGUGCAAGCAACAGUAGUGUUCCUAGCUGGCGUGUUGACUAAGCUCCGGGAAUUUUUUUUUGUUAAAUUUAUUUGACUCAAAUAUUAGAAAACUCUUAUUAACAAGUAAUUUUCGAUAUAUUU